GCAUGGAAUGCUGGUCUAUUUCGUACGCAGGAUCUUUCAGCGUGACUAGCUGGGUAUACGAAUCAGAUAAAAGGAGUACGCUUCUGCAGCGGUUACCCUCAGCCAGCCUCACUCGAAGUAAAACCUCUCAUCACUAGUCCAUCAUGAAAUUCACAUCGGCCAUAAUCUCCCUCCUUGCCAUCGCUCUUCCCGUUCUCGCUCAGACUGAGACCCUUUCAUAUGACAACACUUACGACAAUCCUAGUCAAUCUCUCAGCACCGUCGCCUGCUCAGAUGGGCCUAACGGGCUCAUCACCAAGGGUUACACAACCCUUGGUCAAUUGCCUAAUUUCCCCAACGUCGGUGGUGUCUACACUGUCACGGGAUGGGAUUCAGCUUACUGCGGAACGUGCUACGAAGUGACAUACGGCAGCAACACAAUCGCAAUUCUUGCUGUUGAUGUUGCGACUGCGGGGUUCAACGUUGCGGAGGCAGCGAUGAAUACGCUUACUGGGAAUCAGGCUGCGUUUUUGGGGAGGGUAUCGGUGACUUCAGUUCAGGUUAAUGCCUCUGUUUGUGGUCUUUGAAGUAUCCAGUGAUAUUUGGAUAUGGGUCAAAGGAUAAUAUCAACUUUUGGGUGAUUGUGUCACGAUACGGACUAGAACUGGACAUAAAUU